AUUACAAAUGACUAGCCGUCGCAUGAGUCUAGUGAGCGCCAAUCGCCAGCGGGAGCAGUUCGGCGUUGGAAGCUAAUAACCCCGCGAUCGCAGAAUCAUAGAAAAUAGAAUCGAAAUUGAAAGAGAAACAGAAAUCGAAAUCGAAACAGAGCGCAAACAGCACGCGGCACGCUGAAAACAGGUCGGAAAACAUAGCAAAACAAAACCCAAUUAAAUCAGAUAUUAAUAGAAAAACUAAAGUACACAGCAAUAAAAAGGUUCGGUUGACAAGUGAAUUUACAACUUAUUUAUAGCGAGUGUAACAAUGUGUUCGGAUGGCAUACAAAUUCCCGCAAAUGAAUUGUUGCAUAUUUGUUUGAUUUAAAAUGUGAAGUGUUUGCAGAUUUGGUUUUAUAAAUUCAGAUAAAGAGAGGGGAGCAAAAUAAAAUUUAAGUAAUUUGAAAAAUUUCGACAAAUAUUUUACUCAAAACAUUCGAAUGCAAAAAUAUUUGCAGAAUGGGCCCAAAAAAAUAUGCCACACACAUUGAAAUCUAAAUACGCACACAAGGACACUCAACGCAUUGAAUUGAUUGUUUUUUGCUUUGCGCCCGUUUACCUACUAAAUUGAGGGGAAUAUCGUGCUCUUGAUUAUCUAGCAUUUUAACAAGAUAUUGCUUACUAAGAGACACGUGUUAAUAGGAUUUACACAUGUUUAAGUGAUGCAGUUUCACGUUUUCGUAAUAACACAUUAUAAUUCUAAUUAUAUCCAAAACUUUUGAAAAAUAUAUUGUCACUAGGCAGAGUAAGAUUGUUAUUAAACUUGGUUCUACAUAUACAUAUGUAUGAUUGUAAAAAAAUACAUAUCCGAAGUGGCAAGCAGGUCAAGAUUAUUUUUACAUUUAUCAGCUUCUAAACUUAUUAAUUUAAAUGUGUAUUAAUAGAAUAUAAUUGUAUUUAUAUAUUUAGAAAAUCCAUUGUCUUCCAUACUCUUUUAGAAUGUAUAGAAAAAGUAGAUUAAUUUGUUGGAUGAUUAAAUUAAAUUUCUCAGAUCUGGAUUAAAAAAAGUACUUUAAAAUAUCUUUCUUUUUUUAGCAAUCCAUGCAAACUUUUAUAAAGAAAAUAAAAAAAAAUGUAGAAUAUGAACUCAUUAAAUUUUCUCUGUUCUUCUCUAUGCCAUUUAAUUAUGUCAUUAACAGUCAUUGAGUUUAUAUGUAAUCGUCAUCAUUUAUAAAGAAUGUCAAAUAACUUAGCAAGGCAAUCAAAAAUGUAUAUAUUUUUUUAUUUAAAUUCUGAUAUUAUUGUUGUAUUGACAUUGGGUUUUAGAGGUUCUUAAAAAUUAUUUUUAUUUAUUAAUCAAAUUCAUUUUCUAACGGAUAAUAAACUUUGUCUAGUAUAGGAUAUUUCAAGCUCUACACACUUCCCCGAAUCUUGUAAACUAUGUCACAGUUUUUAUUUUGAGCGGCAUUAUAGAUGGACAGCCACACCACCCACCACCCACCGCCAGAAAACCACCCAACUUUUGACGAUUGGCAGUCGUCCACACGUUGGCAACUAUUAGAACAAUUGAAAAAAGUGUGGGAGUGCUUUUGGGUGGCACCAAAAAGUAUCUUGUUAGCUGCACUGAUACAAUUGUAAAUUCCGAGAUUUAAAUUCAGUUUUUCCUUUUAUUUUUUUACGUUUGCUUUUAUUUUCUUUCAUAUUAUCUGGGAAAUUUGCACACCAACUAAGAACGAAACUCGAGCUCAGGCAGAUUGCCAAACAACGCAGACAGCAAAAAAUCGGAAAAAUAACAAACCCGAAAAAUAUCUAAAAUAACAAACAAGAGAAUUUCAUGGAAGCAAUAUCCGGGCAAGGGCAGUGAGGGGUGUGUGCGAUGUGUGUGUUUGCCCAGACAAAGUGCAACAGUAUCCACAUCGGCAGCUCUUCUCGAAUUGUAUCUGGCAUCAGACUCGAAAGCGAAUAUCUCCAAAGUUCGGGGCUGUCUAUGAACCAAAGAACAAACUUCACUUCAAACUGAAAGAAUGACUGACACAGAGGAAGUUUAUGAGAAAGUGCCACGCCUGGGGUUGCGACACCUGCAAGCGGGUCUCCUCUUUUAUGGACUGGCGGCCAACACAGUUCUGCAGCUGAACGUGAACGUGGCUGUGGUGGCGAUGACCAAUGGAACACGAUCGAACGAUGGCAACACGCCCCUCUACGAUUGGACGGAGACGCAGAAGUCGUACAUCCAGUCUAGCUACUAUUGGGGCUGCGCAUUGGCCCAAUUCCCCGCCGGCUAUCUGUGCAAGCGCUUCGGCUCCAAGGCUGUUCUCUUCUGGGGCACUCUGGUGUCCUCCCUGCUCAGUGCCCUCACCACCCACGCGGUUGCAGUAGCCGGGUGGAAGGCGUACUGCGUGGUGCGCCUGCUGCAGGGGCUGUGCCAGGUGACCUGGCCCUGCAUACACCAGCACUUGGCCAACUGGUGUCCCACGGCGGAGCGAACCCGUCUGGGAGCGUUUGCCUACACGGGCUUCGAUUGCGGCAACGUGCUGGCCAUGUACGGGGCGGGCAUGGUGGCCAGCUCCUCGCUGGGGUGGCCGGGCAUCAGCUACUCGGCUGCCGGCCUGGGCCUGGUCUGGUGCGUCCUCUGGCUGCUUCUGGGAGCCAACACGGCCGGGGAGGCCAGGUUUAUCGGCAAGGCGGAGAAGUCCCUCAUUGUGGGCGAUCUCCGGCGAUCGGAGAGUAAGGAGCCCAAGAAAAUGGAGAUCCCCUGGAGGGGCAUAUUCACCUCAGUGCCAGUCUACGCCCUACUCUGCGCUCGUUGUGCCGACAGCUGGGGUUUAACCACCAUGCAGACCCAACUACCGAGCUACUUGAGCGGCGUCUUAGGUCUGGAUAUGAGAAGCAACGCCGUUUACAGCGCGCUUCCUUUCCUGCUCAUGUGGGUCAUGUGCUACGUCUACCUGGUCAUUGCCGAUGUACUGCUCCACAAGAAGUGGAUGAGCCUGACGGCGCUAAGGAAGACCUACACGAGCAUAGCCCUUUGGGCACCGGCCUCUAUAAUGCUGGCGCUGGUUUUCGUUGGGGAGGGGCAGCAGACAUUGGUCCUCGUGCUGGUCACUCUCAGUGUGGGCGUGAGCAGUGCAGCCACGAUUGGCAGCGAGCUGAACACGAUUGACUUGUCGCCCAACCAUGCCGGGAUUCUGGCCGGUCUCAUGAGCAGCCUCACCAACCUGAUGGCUCUGUUGACGCCCCUCGUGGUGGGCGUUCUGGUCACGGACUCCAGGGAACGCAACCAGUGGCAGGUGGUCUUCGGCCUUGCUGCCGGAGUUCUCUUUGCUGGGAAUGUGAUUUUCUUGAUUUGGGGCACUGCCGUGACCCAGCCGUGGAACGAGUCCAAGGAGUCGCAGCGGGAACUGGAGCCGGAGGAGAAGCCAUUUCAGCACACCAAAUUGGAGAUAGCACCCGAGGGCUCUGAUGGCAACGGAGUAAGCUUAAGACUGAACUGUACAAGCCCUUGAGAAUUAAAUUCAAAUUUCAAUUUCGAG